AUGGAAGUCGGUGGCCUGACGAUAAUGACCCUUAAAGCCGCCGAGACAAUUCCUUUGAAUGAAGAGAAACCAAUCCAAGUCCUCUUCUCAGUCCGGGACCAUACCGAAGAGGCAAUGGACGUGAAAGUGAUAACGAGACCUCGCGAGUUGAAAACGGGGCUUCAAAUCACCAUCGAUAAUCCAAACGGUUGUAUUCCGUUGAAGCCACUGGCCAUGGUGACAACGAUCUCUGAUGAUGCUCACGUUCAUCAACCAGUAUCCAACAUCAUUCCUGACGAAGAAAUAGAGGCGCUGUUAGAAAAAGCGGAGGCGGCCUCGGAUGAAUCAAAAGAGUUCCUUCGCUCUUUUCUACGCGAAUUCUCAGAUACUUUCAGCUGCCACGAGAACGACAUUGGCGAAUACAAAGGGGAACCAGUGCGCUUAAAGCUUAUCCCAGGAGCGGAAGCAAAGAAAGCGUGGUGCAGACCACGCAGAGUUCCAUAUGAACAAGUACCGUGGCUCCGUGGAGAAUUGAAGUCGCUAGAAGAUAGGAGAAUAAUACAGAAGAGCUCUGGAUCGCCAUACAACUCGCCAAUAACCCUGGUGAGGAAGAAAAAUGGUAAAUGGAGAAUGGUUAUUGAUCUGCGCCUCGUCAACACUCUUAUCCAGGACUCGAAAUGGCCGAUUCCCAGCUUGCUUGGUACCUUAGAGGGUUUCUCAGGGGCCAAGGUAUUCUCUGUUUUAGAUUUUAGAGCUGCCUUCCACCAUUUGCUCUUACACAGCGACAGUCGUCCCUUGACGGCUUUCAGUUGUCUCGGAGCACAGUGGGAGUACUCGAGAUUACCUAUGGGGCUCAAAACGAGCCCCUCUGUGUUCUCGAAGGCCAUUUGGGAAACCAUACCCGACAGAAUCAGGCAAUACACCUCGGUCUACAUGGACGAUUGUGCGAUCUCAACCCCUGACGAAAAGUCACAUCGAUGGGUGCUUCGCGAGCUUUUUGAGGCAUUUAGAGAAAAAGGCUGGAAACUAACACCUGGAAAGUGCUUGUUCUUUGUGCGAAAAAUAGAAUUCUUAGGAUUCGAGGUAGGGGACGAAGGAUGGUCAGCAAAAGCCAACAGCAAGGAGGCGAUUGAGCGAUUUCCAACACCUAAAGAUAAGCGCUCACUAAAAGCAUUCAUCGGAACCUGCUCCUUCUUAAGCCAGCUCAUCCCGGAUCUGCAGAGAACCAUGGGUCCACUGCAUGCUGUUAGCGGGAAAAAGUCAGUCUUUCGAUGGGAAUCCGAGCAAGAGGAAGCCUUUCAGGCAGUCAAGUCCGCUAUUGCUAGCAGUGUGCCCUUGGCGUUUCCCGAUCACAGUCCUAAAACGAGGCUCAUUCUAAGCACGGACGCAAGCCUUGUGGGAUGGGGCGGAAUGCUCAGCCAAAAAUCAGCUGCAGGAAUUGAAACGCCAAUUGGGUUUUGCUCUGGAACCUUCAGGAACAGCCAAACCCGCUGGUCGACAUACGACAAGGAUCAGGGUUUUAAACUUGGACGAAUCGAUAAGGACCGUUUAGGAUGA